AUGCGCUACGAGUGGAGUCAUAUGAGCGGGUCAGCAAAGCUUUGUUCUCAAUGUAAAGCCACGAGGGAUCAUCAAUCAAGGCCAACAAUGAAUUCCCCGCCAUCAGCAAAUCCAGCUAAGCAAAAUUCUGGCGUUGUGAAUUACGAGAAGGUUUGGUGUCGAUAUUGUCAAGGGAGACAUCAUGAGUCAACUUGCUACAGGAAGAAUGGCACUUGUUACAAUUGUGGUGGGCUCGGUCAUUUCGCUAGGGAGUGUCCCAAGCCAAAUUCAAAACUCAUGCUUGGUGUACAGACCGAACCAAACCGAUGA